AUGGCGUCGGCUCCAACUCCUAGUCAGGCGAAUGCAGGCCAGAUCAGACAAUUCGUACCUACACUACACACAGAUGUAUACAAUGCGAUUGAUCCCAGUAGCAUUAAACUACCGCAGCCUUUCACUGCCGUUAUACUAGGCGGCAGUGGAGCUGUAGGAAGCGGACUUGCACGGUCGUACGCUCGAGCUGGUGCAACUGGGAUCGUCGUGGCGGCUCGCCGUUUAGAUGAGAUUGAGAAAGUUGCGAAAGAGGCUAAAGCCAUCAAUCCUUCGCUGGAAACCUUGGCACUGCGAUGCGACGUCUCAUCAGCAUCUGAUAUCGCAGCAGUCGCGAAUGCGACAAAAGCACAGUUCGGUGCUACUGUUGGUGCUGUUAUCGUCAAUGCUGGUUACAGCGGGCCGUUCGUCACCGACAUUACUCAAGAGAGAGCAGAAGACUUCCAGAAGGCAUUCAAUGUCAAUACUCUGGGACCAGCUUAUGCGGCUCAGUCGUUCAUUCCACUGUUGAACGAGUCUGCGGCGGCAGCACCAACCUCCUUCCAAGGACUUUUUAUCGCUAUCGGUUCAAUGGCCGGACCAACAGUGACUGCUCCCUUGACGGAUAUCCAUUAUAAUGCGAGCAAAUUUGCUCAAAGUCGUAUUAUCGAAUUGCUCCACGAGGAGCGACUACGACUGAAAGGUGAAAACGAUGGGGUCUUCUUCGCGUCUGUGCACCCUGGAGGAAUCUAUAGUGACUUUGCAAAGAAUUCAAAGGUGCCAGAUUAUAUCAUACCUCUGUUGACGGAUUCGCCAGACCUUGCCGGUUCAUUCAUUGUUUGGUUGACUCGUAAUCAGGAUCGCGUUCGUGGAUUGAGUGGGAGGUUCUUGUCGUGUAAAUGGGAUGUCGACGAGCUUCUGUCCAAGAUGGACGACAUCGUGGAUCGGGAUCUGCUUCGGCCUCGGUUCGCAGUGUGA